AUGAAUUGGCUUGAGAGACGAAACGACGCCAUCCAGGUGAACCCAAACACGCAGAACAAUAAGCAUGUCGACAUUGCCAUCACUGUUCGCGGCUCCGACUUUUACUUUGCCAUCUGCGCUAUUAUGGGAUUUGUUGCUUUGGGCACGAUCGCCGCAUCUGCUAUGAAACCUCGUACAGAUCGUAUAUUCUUCUACAUCACGGCUGCUAUCAACAUGACUGCUUGUAUUGCUUACUUUACUAUGGGCUCCAACCUUGGCUGGACACCCAUUGAUGUCGAGUUUCAGAGAACGUGGCCCAAGGUUGCGGGUGUCAACCGCGAGAUCUUCUAUGCUCGCUAUGUCGAUUGGUUCGUCACUACACCACUGCUUCUGAUGGAUCUUCUCCUUACUGCUGGACUACCUUGGCCUACCAUUCUCUACACCAUCUUCCUCGACGAAGUCAUGAUCGUUACUGGUCUCAUUGGUGCUCUUGUCAAAAGUCGAUACAAGUGGGGCUUCUGGACAUUCGGCACCAUCGCCAUGUUCGGCAUCUUCUGGAACCUUGCCAUCGAAGGCCGCAAACACGCCAAACACCUCGGAUCAGACGUCUCUCGCACAUACACCAUCUGCGGUUGUCUGACCUUGUUCAUCUGGCUGUGCUACCCCAUCUGUUGGGGAGUCUCUGAAGGUGCCAAUAUCAUUCCUCCCGACUCUGAAGCUGUGUUCUAUGGCGUCUUGGAUUUUUUGGCCAAACCUGUGUUUUCCAUUGCGCUGAUUGUUGGGCAUUGGAACAUCAAUCCUGGAAGAAUGGGACUGAAGUUGCGGGAUUAUGAUGAAGAGCCCAGUUACUUUGGUCCUAAGAAUGGGGCUGAAGCUGCUAAAGAACGUGGGCAUGCUGAUGGUGCUGUAGAUGGAGUCGUCUAG